CGAAAGGCGACAGAGUCCUUUUUCAGACGUAUUUGUGGAAUAUGAACCUCAGCCUUUGUUUGAUAUGAUUAAAUGUCAUUUUGGGGAAUUCAUCUAACUCAUUUUACGACAAAUGUUUAUCUGCUCCAUGUGCAAUCCUAAAUAAAGUCCCCGGAAGUGACUUUCUUCAUGUGUAAACACAUGGCUUGAAGUCGUGCCUGACGCUCAUCAUGCCCAAACUGUUUGACAUAAAGUUUCCAGGAGGGUGUAAGACUCUUCCUGAAGGCUUUUGGUCGUCGGUGGACGUGUGGAUAAAGAAACCUCACGUUGUAAACAAACGUGUUUGCGGAGUGAAGGAGACGGAGAGUGAAGAUGUGGGCAGAGAGGAGCUGCUGUUUCUGCUCCAGGAUCCUGAACUCUCUCUCCAUGUGUUUUCUUUCUUGGAUGGCAGAGAUUCACCUGCGCAGACACAUGCCCAGGAAAAAGCCUGGACUUCCAGUGUCAGAACAUUUAUCCCUAAAGUCAACAAUUAUGGGGCAACCCUGCAUAAAGAAGUGAUUGUCAAAGACUUUCGCAGACAACAGGUGACCUUUCUUCCAUUUGAAGAGGAUUCGGAGAAAAAGGUGACUCUGAAGAGGGGCAACAUUUAUCAGAUCCAGCUCCUCCAUCAGGACUGCGAGGAGUGGAGCUUGGAGCUGCACGCCUUGACUCCAGACGCCUGGUUCUCUGACGGCGUUGCGUACCCAAAGCUGCCCUGGCUGUCCUCUGACCUUCUGCCCAAACUGGUCCGCUGGGCCACCGAGUGCAGGAGCAGCGAGUUCAAGAGCACGUUGUCUCUGCUGCCGGUGGAGAAGUACAGCGUCAUGUACCAGCAGCUGAAGGAGAAGUACAAGGCCAUGGUCAAGGUUUGGCCUGAAGUUACGGACCCCGAGAAGUUUGUCUACGAGGAUGUAGCCAUCGCCUCCUAUCUGCUCGUGCUGUGGGCCGAGGAGCGAGCAGAGAGAGGCCUGACUGCUCCACAAUCCUUUGUGGACCUAGGCUGUGGAAACGGCCUCCUGGUUCACAUACUGACCAACGAGGGGCAUCCUGGAAAGGGCAUCGACGUCCGGAGGAGGAAGAUCUGGGACAUGUUCGGCCCCGGCACUCUGCUGGAGGAAAAAGCAAUUACUCCCAGCGAGGGCUUCUUAUUCCCGCGUACGGACUGGCUGAUUGGGAACCACUCAGACGAGCUCACGCCGUGGAUCCCUGUUAUAGCAGCCAGGUCGUCUUACUCCUGCCGCUUCUUCGUCCUGCCCUGCUGUUUCUUCGACUUCUACGGGAAGUACCAGAGACGCCAGUGUAAGAAGUCCCAGUACAAAGAAUACAUCGACUUCAUCGCGGAGGUCAGCGGGGUCAGUGGCUUCAUCACGGAGGAGGACUGCCUGAGAAUACCGUCCACCAAACGGGUGUGUCUGGUGGGAAAGUCAAGAAACUACGAGCUACCUGAUGGAGCCGAAGCUGAGCAGCGAAGAGCUUGUUACGUUCAAAGCCGCCAGGCAGCCUCAGGGGUCAACGUUCAAGGGUCACACAUCGGAAAUGAUGGGGACUGUUCCCUUGGAAACAUAGAGACUGGCAGGACCCCCGGGAGCAGCUGGGGAGCCGGGUUCCAGCCCAGAGACAGGGUUGAAACGGUUCGAAACUGUGCUGCUCUCCCGCGGGAUUUUGUCGAUCGCGUUGUCCUGCGCGUUGCUAAUGUGCUUCUGGGAAUGACCGAUGAUGGCGGCAGGGAGUCCACCAGCGCCUGGAACAGAGGAGGAAGCCUCUCUGUGAGCGAGGUUGCCGGCCUGUUGGAGCAGGAGGCCCUGCAGCUCCUGAAGAAGGAGUGUGGAGGCCUUCAGACGCUGCUCAAGAACAACCACCAAGUCUUCAGAGUGGAAGGAGGGAGGGUUCACAUCAGAGACUGGCGGGACAAGAAGUCUUCUCGGUCAGAUGCCAAGAAGAAGCCCAUUGCGCCUGGUGCCAUGAAAACCCGCCCCUGCUGGUUCCAUGACCACCAUCCUCAGCGCUGCCCCCUGCAGGCGGAAGAGUGCCCCUUCGCCCACGGACCGGAUGACCUCAGACCCUCAACCAGACCCCUAAAGAAGAUGAAAAAAACCCUAUCUUCUGAGUGACUGAUUCCUUCUUGAACACUUGAGCUCAGCUCGUUUCUUGAGUUGUUUUUUUAAUUUGCAGAAGAACUUUUGUGACUACCUUUGUUUGCUCAGUGCAUCAGUGGUUAAACCUGCUGUGGAAAAAAAACCCUGCAGCCAAGAAGAAGAAGAAGAAGAAGAAGAAGUCAGCUCGUAGCCAUGUGAGUUUUAUUGAUGCGACAUGAUUUCUGGGAAAUGAGGUCUUCAAAUUUUAAACAGCUUCUCUUUUUCAUCUCUCACUCUUUGGAGCACGCUGACACCUGGGCUGCUGUUGUCUGCUGAGCUUUAAUUUCAAGGGAUUAUUAAUUAACUUCUGUACAUCUUAGAAAAGUGUACACUUACUGUAGGCUAUAUAUUAAAAUUUAUUUGAAGACACAUCUUUGUUUAUUCAAUCAUUAUCUUGCUACAUACCUCACUGAGACGGAUAAUUCAGCUCCGAGAGGGACUUUGAGGUUCACAGAGAGGGCGGAGGAUAAAGAGCAGGCAACGUUUGAACAAAGUAAAUGUUAGCCCUAUGAAUUAUUUGUUGGCAGGAGUUGAGGGGUUAGCCGCGUGUCGUCCCCCUCUGGACGGGUGGUCACUGCUGCGUCUCUUUAGCUCAGCGUGCCUUCACACUGUGGCUCAAAUGUCAGAGACAGUAAGGCCCACUCACCCGGGGGACUGCUGCGGGGGGGGGGGGUCUGUUUUUUGUUCAUGUGAGCGGCAGCAGUCUGACCAUUGACGCAAUAAAGGACAGAAAUGCUUUAAAUUUUA